UUAGGAUUGAAUAACCAAUAAACAUCCAUACUACUUGAUUGCUUAUAAAUACCCCUUCAUAAAUCACAAAUUCAUCAAUCCUCACCCUAAUCUUCAAUUCCCUCUUUUUAGCUAAACUGUCAUAGCCAAAUUUGAAGACUAAUUCAUCAUUCAUAGCUAAACAAUGGCAAGAACACCUUCAAUCGUGUCGUUCGGAGAGAUGUUGAUUGAUUUUGUACCGGAUGAAGCCGGUGUUUCGUUGGGUGAAUCUCGUGGAUUCAUCAAGGCUCCUGGUGGUGCACCUGCUAACGUUGCAUGCGCCAUCACUAAGCUCGGUGGUACCUCGGCCUUCGUAGGAAAGGUUGGGGAUGACGAGUUUGGUAAGAUGCUCGUGGACAUACUCGAUAAAAACGGUGUAAACACCGAAGGAGUGUGUUUCGAUAAGGUUGCUAGGACUGCCCUAGCAUUCGUUACAUUGAAAAAAAACGGUGAAAGGGAAUUCAUGUUUUACAGGAACCCUAGUGCAGAUAUGCUCUUAGAAUCAUCGGAGCUACCUCUUGACCUAAUCAAGCAAGCCAAAGUGUUUCACUAUGGCUCGAUAAGCUUGAUCACUGAGCCUUGUAGGUCAGCUCAUAUCGCGGCUAUGAAAGCUGCUAAAGAGGCAGGGGCUCUCCUUUCGUAUGACCCUAAUUUGAGAGUACUUCUUUGGCCUUCCCCUGAGGCUGCUAAGGAGGGUAUUAUGAGUAUUUGGAAAGAGGCUGAUAUCAUUAAGGUGAGUGAUGAAGAGGUUGAAUUCUUAACCGGUGGAGAUGCUAGUGAUGACGAAGUGGUGAACAAAUUGUGGUUUGACGGCCUCAAGCUCCUCCUCGUUACAUACGGAGAGAAGGGUUGUAGAUACUACACCAAGGAUUUUAAAGGAUCAUUGAAGGGUUAUUCGGUAUAUACCGUUGAUACAACAGGAGCAGGAGAUGCAUUUGUUGGUUCUUUUCUCUAUUCGCUUGCUAAGGAUUAUUCAAUUUUGAAGGAUGAAGAUAAGCUAAAGGAAGCAUUAACCCUGGCAAACGCUUGUGGAGCUCUUUGCACGACCCAGAAGGGUGCCAUCCCCGGUCUUCCAAGUUUACCUGCUGCACUUGAGCUGAUCAAACAAGGAAAUUGAUCCAAAUUCUAUUUUUAAUAACAAUGUGCUCAUAUGAAUAAGACUAGUUUUAGUGUUUUGUUUAAGUCCGAACAAGUGUUUUAUAUUUUGAAAGGCUAGACAAUGAAGAUCCUUUCUAUGCUUAUUUAUUUCUCGCAUUUGUCUUUUACACACAAUCUCAUGAUUUUCAUUGUUAUUUAAGAGUCUAAAAAAAUAGAGUACACGAAGUUAAUUAG